AGAGAAUCGUUUGUCAAAAAAGUAAAUAAACAUUGUUGUGAAGAGUAUCUCAUGUUUUUCGUUGAUUUGUGCACGUGUUUUGGUUAAUUAAUUCGCUUUUCACGUUUAAAAGUGCGGAUUGCAUUGUAACGUUUGCUAUGGCAAGUGAUCUGGAUAAUGCUGAUGUGCCCGGUAGCGACGAGGAAGUGCCGGAUUCGGCCGCUCACCGGGAACUGCUGAGCAAUAUCCACAGUCUGGUGCGAACGCAGGAUAUUCAGAAAGUGCUUCGUACGGAACCAUCGGUUCAACGGUCCGAGUUUAAUCUGUGCAAGGAACAGGUCGAUGAGACUGGUAAGGAAACACGGCGCCACAAAAUUGGAGUGAAUGAUUUGUUGGGUAUUCUGAAGAAAACUGCUAAACACACCCAACUGGGAAAGGAGCUAAGACAGAUUGCAAAAAAGAAAAAUAAAACGCUUCCGAAGCCGCUGGAAAAACCGGUAGCCGACCGGAUAGCAAGAGAUACGCUGUAUGGAAAGACGAAACAGGAACUGGAUUUGUGGAAUGCGGUGGUCACGGCCAGUGAAGUCGCCCCGCAAACGGUAUUUCCCUUACAGUACGAAAAAGUGGACAUCAUUGGUUCGGUCCCACAGAAACUGUCCCAGUGUCGGGUGAAAUCGGAUCUGAUGAAAGCGAUGGAGGAAUUGGAUCAACAAUACAAGCAGAAAGAUUCCGACGAAGAAGAGGAACCGGAAAAUGCGUAUGCGUUGACCUUGGAAGAGCUGAGACAGAAGCGGAAGGAUGCGGCCAGGCAGAAAAUGAGAGAACUGUAUAAGAUUUCCAAAGGCCGUAGGAUGAAUAAGAUUAAGAGUAAAAAGUAUCACCGGCUGUUAAAGCGGGACAAGGUUCGAUCGCAGAUUAAACAAUUUGAACAGUUGCAAAAAACGGACCCCGAAGCGGCACUGAAACAAUUGGAGGCAAUUGAAAAGCAACGGUACCAGGAACGGGCCAGUUUGCGACACAAAAAUACCGGUACGUGGGCGAAAAAUAUGCAAAUCCGAGCGAAGUACGACAUGAAUGUCCGAAAGGAACUAGGAGAACAGUUGGCUAUCGGUAAGCAAUUGAUGGGCAAGCGGAUGGUCCAGGAAGAUGAAUCUUCCGAAUCGUCGGAGCCGGAAGAGGUUUUCAUGGAAAAGGAGGACCAAGAUAAUCCCUGGGUUCGGAAACCCGGUCGGCAUGAAGAGGAAGCUAAUCUAGAGUUUUCCAGUGGCUAUCGGAAAUAUUGGCAAGAGAAAAAUGAAGCCCAACAGAAGAUGAAACGUCUGCGGGAGGAUGGUUUGGAUGAGCAGGCCGCAGAAGCAGGGGAAGAUGCGUCGGAUUCGGAUUCCAAUUCGGAUUCGUCGUCGGACGAAGAAGAACAAUUAGAAUUGUUUAGGAAUCAGGUUAAACAGUCGAAAGUGAUUUCCACGACGGCUUGGGUGGAGGAAGAUUCAAUUGCACCGGUCACCCCAGUCCGUGAAAAGAAAUCUGUUCGAAAAGCUGUGAAUAUCGAGGAAAUGUUUGACGAUGCCGAAGUGCUGUUGCAGAAGCAGGUGGGAAAGAAACUGGCAGAUGUUCGUGAACUAUUGGAAAGAAAACCAAGAAAUGUCCCGAAAAGAAAACGUGAUUCUACGAAAGACGGUUCGUCAGAUUUGAGUUUCAAGAAAAAAGCGACUUUGGCGGAUGCGGACUUUGAGCUAGACGAAUCUACUACCGGAAACGGAACCAAUUCGGUGGAGAAACCAAAUGUCACCCGUGCAGCAACAGAUCCACCGACGGCUAGUGCCAAUGAAGUAUCCAUCGAUCCACAAAAGAUCAUACAAAUGAAACCGAAACAUCUGCUCAGUGCCAUUCCGGAUUUCGCCACCAACGGGGACGGACUGUCAGACGAGGAAGAUCCAUAUCAAAAGCAAAAGCUAACCAUCGCGGAAGCGUUCGAGGAUGACGACAUUGUGGCCGAUUUUGAACAGGAAAAGCAAGAAGAAAAGAACCGGACCCAGCCGAAACAGGUAGACCUUUUCCUACCGGGUUGGGGUUCCUGGGCUGGUCCCGGCAUCAGUCAUAAGAAAGCCAAGAAAAAUCGUCGAAAACUUUUCAAACCGGUGCCGAAGCUGCCUCGAAGGGAUGACAAUAAGGAGAAGGUUAUCGUGAACGAAGAUGGCGUGAGCAAAGAAUUGUCCGCUCAUCUGGUCAACGAAUUACCAUUCCCAUUCGUGACUGUUCGAGAUUACGAAGCGUCUUUGAGGGCUCCGUUGGGUAGAACCUUCCUCCCGGAAACGGCACACUCCACCCUGGUGGAACCACGCGUCGUCACGAAGCUUGGUGCCGUAAUCGAACCCAUGAAGAAGUCGAUUCUGUUGCAGGAUCCGGCUAAAAGCUUCCAGGUUGGCGGCAAAAUGUACAACAAGGCCGUUAAGAAAUACGAGAAGUUUUUGAGGAAGACCGAAGCUGUUGCGUGAAUGUGACGGGCUUAAAAGUUUGAAUAAAUUGCUUGUCUGGUGAAACAUAA